GAGUCAUCGACCCAAAGGUGCAUCUGAUAAGCGCUUGUUCUAGAACGUUCGAAGCCGCGACGGCCAGUCGUCACAAAGAACUGCGGACAUAUAUAUAUAUAGGGCCAACGGUCACGGCAGGACACUUCGAAGUCGUCCCUCGUAGAAUACAGAUCGAGCCCUUGUCCGCGUUCGUCGCUAGAUAUAUCGAGGCCGAGUCCUCGCGUUCGUGAUUUCGUGCAUACCAGAGACCGAGCUCUCUGGUAAGAGAUAUCGAGACCGAGUCCUCGCGUUCAUGUAAUAAUUUCGAAUAAACUAUAUAAAACAAACGAAACUAGUGUAUGGACCUAAACUCCCACACACACAACAUUUUGGUGCCUCCUGUGAGGUCUUUCACAGUACGAACGUGAACGACCACUGUAAGAACAUACUGAUUGUCGAGCGAACAGCGGCUAAGAAGGAAGGACGAUCAAAGCGAUCACGGCUUCAGGACUACAACAUUGGCUCUUGCAACCAAUCGCACAACCCUCAGGACGAGUUACGCAACGAGAUCAAGGCUAAGGGCAAGUCCAUUCCAAAUAUAAAUCAAGUGGCCGAUUAAGCAAUUACCUACUCCCAAACGACAAUAUGGCAGGUCGAAUUAAGUUAUUAAUUCAAAAGCGAACGUCGUUAAAAUCUCAAAUUACGGGUUUGACGAAUCUGGUUGAGAGAGGCAGUUACGAUAAGGCCGCGUUAAGGUUAAGGAUGGCCCGCACAACCGACUUGUAUCACGCGUACGAAGAAUUUAACGACGAGCUCGUACUAUUAGAUCCGAACGACACUCAUAAAGACGAAUUCACUAACGUACAGGAAAGAUUUUAUUCACUCGCAAGUAAAGUGGAAGAAAUAGUAAGUUCCACCGUUUCGACCGCGAGUACCGGUGUCACUAUUAGCGCGUCGCAACUCAGCGGUUCUGAGACCACGGCGAUCGUAAAACGGCGAGUAAAAUUGCCGGAAGCGUCUCUACCGAAAUUUGACGGCCAAUACGAGAAUUGGCUGUCCUUCAAAAAUACUUUUCUCGUUAUGAUCGAUUCACAAACAGACUUGAGCGAAGUACAAAAAUUGCAAUACUUAAAAUCGGCGUUAACGGGCGAGGCAGCUAAUAAAUUAAAGAUUCUAUCGAUCGAAGGCUCAAAUUAUCAAAAGGCAUGGAAACUGUUGAAACGCUCGUACGAAGUAAAGCGGAUAUUAAUUUCACGCCACCUUUCGUUGCUCUUAAACACACCCGUUUUAGAAAGGGAGACAACCGACGGCUUGUCCAAGCUUGCCGAUGACACGCAGCAACAUGUAGCAUCGUUAGCCGCGUUAGGAGUUAACGUGGGGUCCGAGAUACUUGUAAACGUACUAGAAAGCAAAUUACCUAAGAUCGUAGCGGAAAAAUGGGAGGAAUCUCUGGAUCGGGACGAAUUUCCGAAGAUCGACGAUCUAUACGAAUUUUUAUAUAGAACCGCAGUUCGUAUAUCUAAGCGUGUUCGUGCAGGAACGACCAAACAAGCCGAGGACAGAUCGACACCUCCCGGGAAAAAGGCGCGGAUAUCCAAUAAGGCAUUUGUGGUUAAUAUUGCGAAUAAUUGCCCAGCGUGUAAAAAUAAGCAACAUCCGUUAUUUAAGUGCGACAAUUUCAAGCAAUUAUCUGUGCCGAAGCGCAUCGAAUGCGUGAAAAACGCGAUGCUUUGUUAUAACUGCUUACGUUCACAUCGUGGUAAACCUUGCAAUUAUUCGCACUGUAGCAUUUGCCAAGGGCGACAUAAUACGCUUUUACAUCUUGAGAAAACCCAAGUCGCAUCCACGACAACGGACGCGACGGACGUCAAGGGGGAACAAGGCAAAUAACGUAUAAAGGGGGGUGGCCAGGCAGCGACGUGUCUCGCAGCGAUCACGCCCAUUUUCACACCACAAUUGAUGACCACCGCGACGAUAUUUAUUCGGGAUCAUGAACUCAAGUCAAUGAAGUGUCGCGCCUUGUUGGAUACAUGUGCUACCGCCAAUUUCAUUUCCGAGGGUCUCGCGAGACGUCUGAGGCUCCCUAUAACAACACGCGCAUUGCCAGUCGGUGCAAUCAAUUCAAUGAACACGACUUCGAAAGGUGUCAUUCGAAUUACUAUUCAAUCGCGACACAGUGAGUUCCGCAAGGAUACAUCGAGGCCGAGUCCUCGCGUUUGGGCAUUCGCACCGGAAACCGAGCUUUCCGCUAGAGACCGAGGCCGAGUCCUCGCGUUCGUACGUUCACGCGCUCGUGCGCAUCGGAGACCACGCUCUCCGAUAAGAGACAUCGAGGCCGAGUCCUCGCGUUCGUCUAAUCUUGAAUGAACAAUUAUGUUUGACAAUCCCCAUAAUAUCAGACUUAGUUCCGUCGAAAACUUUCCCGUGAGAUUCCAU